CAUCGUCUCGUGUUUUACAACGUUCUACAAUCUGCUGCAACACAGAAGAAAAAAAAGUGAGGGAGCGACUUUAGAGAGUGGUGCGAACCAGUUCAAACAUACGGCCAUUGUUGUAUGGGCUAGCCAUAUAUGUGCUGUGUCUGCACUGCAGUUUUGUUGGUGUGCAAGUUUAACCUCUCGUCAGUUUUGUAGAAAAACUGAUAUUUACAUACUUUUUUUUGGCCAUGUCCGAGGAGAUUGAAGGAACAAGGCCCGCCAUCGAUGAGGCAACCCACAAGGAACAGCAGGAGAUUGAUGAUAACGUGAUCAGUCCAGAGAAGGCAGAGGAGGUGAAACUGAAGGCCAGGUACCCUCAUCUUGGAGCCAAGCCUGGGGGCUCUGACCUGCUCCGGAAACGCCUUCAGAAAGGGCAAAAGUUCUUUGACUCUGGGGACUACAACAUGGCCAAGGCUAAGGUGAAGAACAAGCAGCAGCUGCCUGCAGUGACGCCGGCUGAGAAGGCAGAGAUAACCGGGGACCACAUCCCCACACCCCAGGACAUCCCCCAGAGGAAGCCCUCUAUCGUGGCUAGCAAACUGGCUGGCUGAGUGGGUUGAUGGAACUAGGAACUUUGGAACUGUUUUGUUCUGUUACCAUUCCAUCGCUCGCUCGCUCUUGUUCUCUCUCUGAGCCGGUCUCAAUUAGUUCCCUAUGUCUACCGCUUGGCACUAACCCUUCAAUGCAUGCAUAUUUUGCUGGCCCUUCCACCAUAUUCCUCACAUUUGUUCAAACAUUGAAGAGGUAGGGGGGGGGGGCAAAGGGGAAGAGGUAAGGGGGCUCAAGGGGAAUGGGGUGGGGCCUUUGGGAAGGGUUAUGGCGCCAAUGGGUUUGACCAUGGAGAAGGGUUAGGGAGCCAAGGGGUAGGGAGCCGUGGGGGGGGGGGUUAGGGAGCUGUGGGAGAAGGAGCCAUGGGGUAGGGAGCCAAGGAUAGGGGUGUGGCCAUGGGGAAGGGUUAGGGAACCAAUUACCUCUGUCUUCUGCCCCCUUUCUUUCAUUCCUGCACCUUCUACAUACAGUGCAUUCAGGAAGUAUUCAGACAACUUCCCUUUUUCCACAUUUUGUUAUGUUACAGCCUUAUUCUAAAAUGGAUUCAAUAAAAAAAAAAAUGUCCUCAUCAAUCUACACACAAUACCCCAUAAUGACAUCACAAUACCCCAUAAUGACAGGGGGAAACAGGUUUAUAGAACUUUUUGCAAAUGUGUUAAAAAAAAUUUAAUUUAAAUACUUAUUUACAUAUGUAAUGAGACUCAAUUAAGC